AUGAUCCUGUUAGUUGCACUCUCACAGUCUAGCUAUUCAUCAUCUUCAGAUGGACGGGAGCUUGAUGAUCGAACAUGUGACGUCUUCUCAACUUCAGUGUCCUUGUUGAAUAGUAACACUUAUGUCCGUUCAUUCCCUUCUUCCGGUAACAGCAGUUCGUCUACCGAGCUGGAACAAUCGUGUGUAGAUUAUUCGGCGUUGGAAAUGGAUUCGGAAAAUGAUGCUUGUUUGAACAGCCCUUGUAUCCAUUCCGAUGGAUCUUCUGGUCUUGAUGCAAGCUCAAUUUUGCCGUUGAUGAACGAGUCGGUUAGUUUGAACGAACGUCGGCGAGCAAUUCUCGAUCUUUCUAUCUCAAAAAUUCAGACAAUGAACGCGUCAAACGUUGCAGUAUCUCUGCGCAAGUCACUCCUUAUCUAUAAUACGAUGAAAUCUCUGCAGCGAGAUCUUGAUACAUGUGAUGUUUUUUUGUGCGAUAGUCUGACAGAGAGAGGAAACGAAGCAAUCGAUAAUGAUGUGGAAAUGCUGGAGACAAAUGAAUUUGAAGACGGAAACUGGGAAGAGCAGAUCUCAGAUUUCAGUUGUAGUAUCAGCAACGACAAUAAUCCGUGCAGUUUGGGUUAUGAUUGGCCAUGGGGAACUCUAGUUAAUACAAGUAAAAAUACGGUGCAGGGUUCGGAAAAAUGUGAUCAUAAUUUGUUUACUUUGACGAGCAACAGCGACUUGUUUAGCACGGGGAACAGCUGGAGCAAUUCGGAGUCGACGGAUUCGUCUGCAUUCGUCGACGAUUAUUUGGAAAUGUUGUGUGCUUGGGAAGAUGAAAAUUACAAUCCACUCACCAACUGCAAUCUGACACGAGCGGAAAUAAUGAACAUGUUUCACUUGCCUUCAUAUCAUCUCAACAAUCAGUUAGUCUCUCAGGCCUGA